GUCAUUAAAAUUGAUGUAAAAUUGUAUCCGACAUUUUGUAAGCGAUUUUGCAUUAAAUAUCGAAAAUAGUGUGUAUUUUUAGUUUGUAAAUUCGUAUUGUUGAGUGGUGUUGAGUAUUACUUUAAUCGAGAACUCUUCAUAAAAUGUAAAUUAUACAUUUUAAACUCAGUCCAGUGACAAAGAAAUGGCUUUUGAGAAACCUCCAGUGAUCAUAGAUACUGGAAGUUACACCAUAAAAGCUGGCUUCGCAUGCGACAACCAUCCCGUGGCCAUCUUUAGGACGGCCGUCGGUCGCCCGAGCUACCUCAACGGCAGUUACGGGAGGGAGCCUUAUGAUGUUUACGUUGGGGACGAGGCCAUACAACAGGGUGAAGAUCUGGAGAUCAGCUACCCUGUAGUAAAAGGGAGGAUAGUCCAUUGGGACAAUUUCGAGAGGAUUCUCCACCACAUCCUGUACAGGGAGCUGAAGGUAGCUCCAGAGGAUAGAGCUAUCAUGCUAGCUCUUGCUGCCAGUACGCCGAUGAGCGAAAAAUUUAAAUGCUGCGAAAUAAUCUUCGAAACCCUAAACUCCAUCGGGCUUUGCAUUCAGUCACAGGGUGUUCUGACUAUGUAUGGAAGUGGAUUCACGUCGGGCAUCUGCGUUGAUAUGGGAUAUGACAAGGUAGACAUAGCCCCGGUGUACGAGGGAGGUCUUAUUGCGUAUGCGCAAACGACCACCGGGAUCCCGAGCCUUGAAUUACAUGACUAUAUACGAAGGCUAUUUGCAGAAAGAAAUAUCAACAUAACCUCUCAACAAGUGCUGCGUAAUUUAAAAAAGAAAGCUUACAUUACAAAAAACGCCGCUUAUAACAGAAAGACCGGUAAAAAAACCUUCACUUUGCCCGACGGCAAAGUUAUAGACAUCAGCAAUGAAGCCUUCAUGGCAGGAGAAAUCCUCUUUCAACCGGAGCUAGCAGCUCCGGACUGGGACGUCCUGUCAAUACCCAAAGCAGUACAAAAGGCAGCGGAGAUGUGCGACCCUGAACUACGAUCAGAACUGUUAGACGGUGUCGUGCCCUGUGGAGGGAUGUCCAUGAUACCUGGACUUUGUCCUAGGUUAAAACAAGAUCUGGAAGUACUAACCAACGAGCUAGUGAACGUGUAUUCAUCGGACGAGGCAUAUGCUCUCUCGUGGCUUGGUGGCGCCACGUUUGCAGGCAUGCCGGACCCAAAAAUCUGGGUUACUAAGAGACAAUAUGAAGAUUUCGGAGAGAAAAUUGUCAAAAACAAGUUUACUUAGCUGUUAAUGUCUAGUUAUAAUAAAAACAUUUAUUACCUA